AUGACAGACCAGGAUUCCGAAUCGCUGCCAGCUGAGAUGCCUCACAUUAGACUGAAUUCGGGCCGUCAUGACCCAUUCGUUGAGUCUGAUGAAGGUUACGCACCCCUUACAGGUCGAACUCUGCCUCGGCCAUUGACACCUGCGGGUGCUGAUCUACCUGCACCGGCUAUGGGCGCGCAGGGUAUCUCCCCAUACGGUGUCUCGCAUGCACCAGAGUCUUCGGAGUUUCUGCUUCCACCACGGUUACGUCCUACAACACGCGAUGACUCGGAGCGGUCUGGUUCACCGGAUCGAUGGUCAGCGGCUGGAUCGAGUGUUAGCUCGAUGAGUCGGGAUAGUCGUUUUAUGAUGGAUCCUUUUGACGACCACUCAGGGGAUCAUUCGACGCGUUCUGCGAGUGAUGAAUACGACAUGAAUACUCAGACUGUGUCGGAGAAGUUCAAUAUCACGCCCUCGGAUGGCUUGUUGCUGUUUCCUGAGGAUGUUGAGAAAGACGACUACUUGCAUAACCCGGACCCAUUGGAUAAAGACCGGGACUGCGAUCUGUGGAAUCGUCGGGGAAUUUUGAACGUAGGUGGUUUGGUGCUUGUGACAGUGGGGAUUUUAGUGCUUUUUAUUGGAUAUCCAGUAAUAACAUGGGUAGAAGGUGCCAUCAAACCCAAGGAUCUGUGUCGUCCUGGUGACAUGCUUUGUCUCGAUGUUGGGGAAAGACCUCUUUUGAACAAUAUUCGACACGGAUUGAUUGAUCCUGAUACACCGGAAGAUGCAUACACCAAGAUCAGUGCAGACGGGAAAAAAAUGAAAUUAGUGUUUUCGGAUGAGUUUAAUCUGCCUGGAAGAACAUUCUACGAUGAAGAUGAUCCGUUCUUUCAAGCGGUAGAUCUGUGGUAUGGUGUGACUAUGGACAAAGAGUGGUACGAUCCGGACGCAGUAACCACGAACGAAGGUGUCUUGGAAAUCCGAUUCGAUGACUUUAAAAACCACGACCUUGCAUAUCGAUCUGGCAUGCUUCAAAGUUGGAACAAACUUUGCUUCAAGGGCGGCCGGCUGGAGGCAAGUCUGUCUCUUCCUGGUGACGGCCACAUCCAGGGAUUCUGGCCUGGUUUCUGGGCUAUGGGUAAUCUGGGCCGUCCAGGUUACGCGGCAAGUACAGACGGUCUAUGGCCAUACAGCUACCAUGAUGGCUGUGAUGCGGGUAUUACACCAAACCAGAGCUCUCCCGAUGGAAUCAGCUUCUUGCCUGGCAUGCGUCUACCUGGAUGUGCCUGUGCUGGAUCCGAUCAUCCUUCUCCCGGUCAUGCUCGCAGUGCCCCCGAAAUCGAUGUGAUUGAAGGUAGCACUCAGCCCCUUUAUAACUCUGAGGGUGGCCCAUAUGUUGGAAGUGCGUCCCAGAGUUUGCAAAUCGCACCCUUCGACAUCUGGUACAUGCCAGACUAUGACUUCGCCGCCGUCUACGACAACCGUGUCACGCAAAUCAAUGCCUACCGCGGAGGACCCUACCAACAAGCACUAUCGGGCCUCUCAAACCUGAAUCACCGCUGGUACAACGGCACAGAGUACCAAAUUUAUGCCUUUGAAUACACCCCAGGCGAUAAAGGCGAGGUUACUUGGUUCAUUGGAUCUGAAAAGUCAUGGACGAUCGACGCCCGUGCUAUCGGUCCCAAUGGUAACAUCGGGCAGCGCCCAAUUCCCCUCGAGCCCAUGUCUAUUAUCCUGAAUCUGGGUAUGGCCGACAACUUUGCUCCGCAGAACCAUACUAUCCGCCAGUACAUGCCUGCCUAUCUUCGUGUUGAUUAUAUACGCAUCUAUCAGGAUCCUGAUGAUUUGUCUGUCACCUGUGAUCCACCUGGUUAUGAGACGACACAGUACAUUAAGGAUCACCCGCGGGCUUACGAUAAUCAUAACUUCACUAAUUGGGUGGAUGCUGGGUACAAAUGGCCUAAGAACAGCUAUAUGGAUACUUGUUGA